AUGACCGUUGCCCAGGAGGUGGAGGAUGACGACCCGGCGACGCGAAGGGGCUUCGACGCGCUGAGGAAUAACGGCAUGACCAGAGGGGAGGUCACCGCCAUCAGAGGUUACUUUAGUGCGCAAGUACGAGAGGAAACGAGGAGUAUCAUUAUCGAGGCCUGCCCGUUUUUCCGGGAACGCCGUAUGGCCGGACAGGUUCCGCAACCGUUCCGCGCUUUUUGA